GUUUCUGACAAUAAACAUUAUUCAUUAUCAUUCAUUUUCUGCAAAGUUGAAUAAAAAUAAAAUGUUAUAGUUAGAUCUAGAUGUAUAUUGUAAUUUUUAUUACAAUUAAUUACAGAUCUAUCCAAAUAAAAGUAAUAUGGUUUGAUGCAGCAGAAUGACGCUAACCGGAGCCAUCAUAGUUUUUUUGACAUCCUUAGCAGCACUUCCUUGUUCCUAUACGUUUAAUGCAAUAUCUGUGUUGAAAGAUGAGCGUCUUAUUCUAAUCACUGGCCUAGUUACUUUUACACUUGUUUCUGGAAUACCAUGGAUAAUACUACGGAGAAGAUUACAGAAAGUGGACUCCUUUUUUUAUGUUUUGAGCCUGUUAACCUUCAACUCAGUGAUGAGUUUAAUCAUUGCAUUAGAAAAUGAUGGACUGAUUGCUGAGUUUAUGGGAUCCUAUCUGAGGGAAGGUGAGCCAUAUUUAAAGACAGCACAUGGCACAAUGAUGUCCUACUGGGAUGGAAUAGCACAUUAUGCCUUGUACUUAAUGAUGCUAGCUGCUGUAUCAUGGAAUCAAAGUUUCUAUGAUGUUGGAUUAUACUGGAUUGGUUCAUUUGGCUACAGUAAACUUGUUCUUCUGCUGGCUGUACUCAUGGGUAAAGAUGGAGUUGGAUGGCCAUUGUUACUUCAUCUUCCUUGUGUCGUUAUUUCUGCUCUUAUGUCUGUGAGAUUUUUUCAUGAGAAAAUGCAAGAAGUGAAAAAAUUUAAGAGCCACAUUUCAAGUCAGGAUGACAAAGAGGACACAAAAUUGUUGAGCUUAAGAAAGCGGCCGAUGGAUGUUAUACUUUUAAUAUAUUACAGUUUUGCCAUUUGUAUUACACUAUUUAGAUUUACAGCUGUGAUGGAGGGCAAUGUUUCAAUAGUACAACAAUACAAAGAGAAAAUUGAGCCCUAUUUGUCUGAUUCACUGCCUUAUCCAAAAGCACAGCUGAUGAUCAAUACUUUGUACUUUAUACCAUACUACGGAUUGACCAUUUAUUCACUUAUUCAACCGGGUCAGUCUUGGAUUUUGAGUUUAAUACUUGUCCAUGCUGGAGCUGCAAGUCAAGGUCAGUUUUCCUACAUGGGCUCCUCCUUCCACUAUAGAACUCCCUACAUCCACCGAGUGCCUCAAACAGCAUUGGCCAGAAUCAUCUUCUGGCUGGUAAAUGGCAUAUUAUUUAUUCUGCCACAAAUAGCCGCCUACUGCAGUCUAAAUAAUGCCAAGUUUUACUUUCUCAAGGCUACGCAAUCUUGUCGAAAUGGUCAACUGUCUUCUGGGACGCCUGUAAUUAAAAAGACAGAUUGAUGCCAGCAAUGCCAAGAUGAGUAUUUUCUUCAGAUAUUUUGUGUGCUCUGUUGAAAGCAUUCUCCAAUCUGACAUUAUAUUUUGUGUAUACAAGUUUGUUUUUUCUAUUUCAUGAUUCUUUCAUUGAAUCAAAAGAUUUGCUUUUAAAGUAAAAGUAAUUUUGCUACAAAUAUUCAUUUUAUUUCUAAUCAGAUGUAUUAGAGAAUGAAGUGGGAAAUUGCUUAUUAAUUUACUUAUACCAGAAAUGGCAUUUUAUUUAUGUUACAAUUCUGACAUGUAUUGUGAAAAAAUUUAAUUUUAUCAUUUUUAUAGUAAUAUUUUAUUUCAAGAGCUUUUAUGUGUGAAAAACACUAGCUCAAAUACGCUUGCAAUAGGGGUUACAUUUUAACUGCUCUCACAAUAUGGGCAGUGAUGGCUCUUGGCUGAGAUUUUUCAUUGGGGAAUCUUGUUAAGGCAGUUGAGCAGCCUUACAACUGCGUCAUUUAGUGUCUGACACAGUAGCAAAUGAAAUUUACCUCAAGGAAUUUUUUUUUUCUAACUUUGUAUUGUCAGAAAUAUUCAAUUGGUUUUGUACAAAAAUGUUUAACUAUCAUCAUUUUUUUUGGUUAGUGUAUUUAAGUGUAUUUAUCGAAGUGCCUUCCAAGAUUUUUUUUUAUUAUUCUCAUCUUUUUCUUGAACUCGUCAGAAUUUAUAUAUUAAAAAGAAAAACUUAAAAGAUUCAUAUUUGUAUCUGUCACAAACUGGUGCUUGGAACAUGGUAGGGAAUUUAAUUAUUUCAUUAUUGAUUUAUUUGCAUCAUAUUAUAUUUUAUACUAGGCAAAGACAAAAUGUACUUCUCUUGAUGGUCAGAACUCUCCACACCUCAAUGAUUGUAAAACACUGAACCAUACUGUGUAUCUAUACCUUAUAAAAUAUUAUUGACAAAAUAAAAUUAUAAUGUGUAUUGUGUAUUACAUUGUUUGCUCUACAACAAAGGGCCACUGUUGCUUUUUUACUUAAUAGAAAUACUCUCUAAUGCCAGUGAAAGUUUCACACUUAAGAUCCUUUUACCAGUGGAAAGGCUUUCUCUCCUAGGCAAGAUCUUCCAGAUGACUCUAAGUAGACUUCUGACUGAAGGGUCACCCAUCAAUUAGACAUUAAUGGUAUCUCAACUCCAAAUGAGCGCCCCCCCCCCCC